CCGCGGCUGAGGUGUGUUCAUUUGGAGGGGAGUCUCUUGUGGGGGGAGGAUGAUGAAGGGCAAGGAAACGAGGAAGGAGUGAGUGGAUGGAAACUCCAGGCGGAGAUCAGAGCUCAGGAAAAGUUCCUGCUGCAGGGACCAGUCUGUUGAUAAAAGAACUUUGACCUUCUUGGAGGCUGCCUUCGGAGCAUGGAAUUGGAGAUGGAAAUGCAAGACUCAGGUGUUCCAAAGAUCAUUAAGGCUGGGAGCAGUGAGGAAUUCUGGGAAAGGACUCUGCAGGGAAUCCUGCAUAAGGACAUGCUCCCUUCAGAUGUUCAGCGCCAAUGCUUCAGGCAGUUCUGCUACCAGGAGGUUGAGGGGCCCCGACAGGUGUGCAGCCGACUCCACCACCUUUGCUGUCAGUGGCUCAGACCAGAGCAACACACGAAACAACAGAUCAUGGACCUUGUGCUCCUAGAGCAGUUUCUGACCAUCCUGCCCCCAGAGAUGGAGAGCUGGGUGAGGGAAUGUGGAGCAGAGACCAGUUCGCAGGCGGUGGCCCUGGCAGAAGGUUUCCUCCUGAGCCAGGCAGAGGCCAAGAAGCAGGGAGAGCAGCAGGUGCAGGGGCCAUUAGCAGAAGCAAACCUCAAUUUUUCUCAGGCAGAGAAGACUGUAUCAAAUGCCAGACUGAAGCUGCUGCACGGAGGGAGCUCUCAGGAGGAUCAUGCAGAUACCAUCUCACUGGUUCAUGGAAGACCACUGGAGGUGUUGACAAGUUCAUGGCUCCCCUGUGUGGAUGGAGAAGCAGCUUCUACCCAACCAGAUCAGGGUGCCGUGUCCUUUGAGGAGGUGGCUGUGCAUUUCACAGAGGAGGAGUGGGCCCUUCUGGAUGCAGACCAAAGAGCCCUGCACAGGGCAGUCAUGGAGGAGAACAGGCAGAAUGUGGCCUCUCUGGCAGGUGAUUUGUGGAAAAUCAAGACUGAAGGAGAAGCAUGUGGGUCACAAGUAGAAAGAGCAAGAUGUAAAAAGAAAGGACAACAGAGAAAAUCAACAAAAGAAAACCAAGAAAGGAAGAGUGAAUCUCCUCCUGUUCAUGCUGGUGACUGCCAAGAAACACCAAUCCAAGAAGAAAUAGAGAAGGGAAAGCAAAAGAGGCAGCCCCUCUCAUGUGAGAAAAGCAUUGGUUAUAAAUUGUGGCUUAAAUGUCACUGGGGAAUGAAGAGAAGGGAGGAGAAACCAUUUAAGGGCUUGGAGUGUAGAAAGAGCUUCAGUCACAGUUCACCUCUUAGAGACCAUCAAAGAAUUCACAGAGGAGAGAAACCAUUUAAAUGCCUAGAGUGUGGAAAGAGCUUCAGUUGCAGUUCAGCUCUUAAGAUCCACGAAAGAAUUCACACAGGAGAGAGACCAUUUAUAUGCUUGGAGUGUGGAAAGAGCUUCAAUCAGAGCUCAAAUCUUAGACAACAUCAAAAAAUCCAUACUGGAGAGAAACCAUUUCGAUGCUUGGAAUGUGGAAAGAGCUUCAAUCAGAGCUCAAAUCUUAGACAACAUCAAAAAAUUCAUACAGGAGAGAGACCAUUUAGAUGUUUGGAGUGUGGAAAGAGCUUCAAUCAGAGCUCAAUUCUUAAUAACCACAAAAGAAUUCACUCAGGAGAGAAACCAUUUAAAUGCCUGGAAUGUGGAAAGAGCUUCAAUAAGAGUUCACAUCUUAGAGAACAUCAAAAACUUCACACAGGGGAGAAACCAUUUAGAUGCUUGGAGUGUGGAAAGAGCUUCAGUUGUAGUUCAGAUCUUAAGAAACAUGAAAGAGUUCACACAGGAGAGAGACCAUUUAGAUGCUUGGAGUGUGGAAAGAGCUUCAGCUGCAACUCAGCUCUUAAGAACCAUGAAAGAAUCCAUACAGGAGAGAAACCAUUUAGAUGCUUGGAGUGUGGAAGGAGCUUCAAUCAGAGCUCAGUUCUUAGAGAACACGAAAGAAUUCACACAGGAGAGAGGCCAUUAAGAUGCUUGGAGUGUGGAAAGAGCUUCAAUAAGAGCUCAAAUCUUAAACAACAUCAAAAAAUUCAUACAGGAGAUAAACCAUUUAGAUGCUUGGAGUGCGGAAAGAGCUUCAAUCAGAGCUCAGUUCUUAAUAACCACAAAAGAAUUCACACAGGAGAGAAACCAUUUAAAUGCCUGGAGUGUGGAAAGAGCUUCAAUAAGAGCUCAAAUCUUAGAGAACAUCAAAAACUUCACACAGGGGAGAAACCAUUUAGAUGCUUGGAGUGUGGAAAGAGCUUUAGUUGUAGCUCAGAUCUUAAGAACCAUGAGAGAAUUCAUACAGGAGAAAAACCAUUUAAAUGCCUGGAGUGUGGAAAGAGCUUCAAUAAAAGUUCAAAUCUUAGACAACAUCAAAAAAUUCAUACAGGAGAGAGACCAUUUAGAUGCUUGGAGUGUGGAAAGAGUUUCAAUCAGAGCUCAGUUCUUAGAGAACAUGAAAGAAUUCACACAGGAGAGAGGCCAUUAAGAUGCUUGGAGUGUGGAAAGAGCUUCAAAUGGAGCUCACAUCUUAGAGAACACCAAGGAAUUCAUACAGGAGAGAAACCAAUUAAAUGCCUAGAGUGUGGAAAGAGCUUCCGUCAGAGCUCAACUCUUAAGAACCAUACAAGAAUUCACACAGGAGAGAAACCAUUUAUAUGCUUGGAAUGUGGAAAGAGCUUCAUUCAGAGCUCAAAUCUUAGGAGACAUCAAAGAAUUCACACAGGAAAGAAACCAUUUAGAUGCUUGGAGUGUGGAAAGAGCUUCACUCGGAGAUCAGGUCUUAGGAGCCAUCAAAUAAUCCACACAGAAGAGAAACCAUUUCGAUGCUUGGAGUGUGGAAAGAGCUUCAAUAAGAGCUCAAAUCUUAGACAACAUCAAAAAAUUCACACAGGAGAGAAACCGUUUAGAUGCUUGGAGUGUGGAAAGAGCUUCAAUAAGAGCUCAAAUCUUAGACAACAUCAAAAAAUUCACACAGGAGAGAAACCGUUUAGAUGCUUGGAGUGUGGAAAGAGCUUCAAUAAGAACUCAAAUCUUAGAGAACAUCAGAAAAUUCAUAGAGGAGAGAAACCAUUUAGAUGCUUGGAGUGUGGAAAGAGCUUCAAUAAUGGUUCACAUCUUAGGAAACAUCAAAAAAUACACACAGGAGAGAAACCAUUUAGAUGCUUGGAGUGUGGAAAGAGCUUCAAUCACAGUUCACAUCUUAGAGAACAUCAAAGAAUUCACACAGGAGAGAAACCAUUUAAAUACCUGGAGUGUGGAAAGAGCUUCAUUCAGAACUCACAUCUUAGACAACACCAAGGAAUGCAUACAGAGGAGAAGCCAAUUAAAUGCUUUGAGUGUGGAAAGAGCUUCCAUAAGAGCUCAAAUCUUAGACAACAUCAAAUAAUCCACACAGGAGAGAAACCAUUUAGAUGCUUGGAGUGUGGAAAGAGCUUCAGUCGGAGUUCAGGUCUUUGGAGCCAUCAAAUAAUCCACAAAGAAGAUAAACCAUUUAGAUGCUUGGAGUGUGGAAAGAGCUUCAAUAAGAGCUCAAAUCUUAGACAACAUAAAAAUAUUCAUACAGGAGAGAAACCAUUUAGAUGCUUGGAGUGUGGAAAGAGCUUCAGUCAGGGUUCACAUCUUAGAGAACAUCAAAAAAUUCACACAGGAGAGAAACCAUUUACAUGCUUGGAGUGUGGUAAGAGCUUCAUUCGGAGGGCAGAUCUUAGGAGACAUCAACGAAUUCACACAGGAGAGAAACCAUUUAGAUGCUUGGAGUGUGGAAAGAGCUUCAGUCGGAGAUCAGCUCUCGGGAGCCAUCAAAUAAUCCACACAGAAGAGAAACCAUUUAGAUGCUUGGAGUGUGGAAAGAGCUUCCAUAAGAGCUCAAAUCUUAGACAACAUAAAAAAAUUCACACAGGAGAGAAACCAUUUAGAUGCUUGGAGUGUGGAAAGAGCUUCAGUCAGAGAUCAGGUCUUAGGAGCCAUCAAAUAAUCCACACAGAAGCGAAACCAUUUAGAUGCUUGGAGUGUGAAAAGAGCUUCAAUCAGGGUUCACAUCUUAGAAGACAUCAAAGAGGUCACACAGGAGAGAAACCAUUUAGAUGCUUGGAGUGUGGAAAGAGCUUCAGUCGGAGAUCAGGUCUUAGGAGCCAUCAAAUAAACCACACAGGGUAGAAACCAUUUAGAUGCUUGGAGUGUGGAAAGAGUUUCAAUAACAGUUCACAUCUUAGACAACACCAAGUAAUGCAUACAGGGGAGAAACCAAUUAAAUGAUUGGAGUGUGGAAAGAGCUUCAGUCAAAGAGGACGUCUUAAGAAACACCAAGAAAUUCACACAAGAAUUCAAGAGCUUCAUUCAUAGCUCAAAUCUUAAGAAAGACCAAGGAAUUCACACAGGAAUUGAAGAGCUUCAGUUGGAGCUCAGAUCUUAAGAAUCACCAAGGAAUCCGCACAGGAGAGAAACCAUGUAAAUGCCUGGAGUCUGGAAAGAGCUUUAGUCAGAGAUCAGUCCUUGCAAAACACCAAGGAAUUCACAGAUUAGAAAACUGAUACAAAUGCCUGUAGUGUGGAAAGAGCUUCAAUCUUAACUCCCAUGUUACACAAGAUGAAAGAAUUCACACCUGGAAGGAUAUACAUGUUUUUAAUGUAGAUAGAGCUUCCCUCUCCCUUCCCCUUCCCAAAGAUAUUUUAGAGGAGAUUGGAGCAGAGACCUUCUAGCCACCCCUCUCCUCUCCACCACUUCCGAAAAAAGAAGGGUGGGGACAGAGGAGCUGUGGUGGGCAGCAGUGUUUCCUCUCAUGUUUAGAAUUGGUGAGCGGAAAGAGUUUUGUCCUGGGCAGCAGCAUCAAGUCAGUGUGCGCACAGAACUCUUUCUCACUUACACACAAACACACACAUGAGUUACUGACUAUCGCGCAAAAGAAAUGUUUGCAUGUUGGGAAGGAGGCUACAUUUAGAAUGCGUCUUCCUGCCAUUUAGUUUCCAGUGUGCCAAGUAUGUGGGUUCAACAUACAUUCAUUCAUGUCAGCUGGCAGAAGUUGUUAAUCUCAGCUUUACCAUCCCAGUGAGAUCUAGACUGGUGAUUUCAAGGCUUGACUACUGCAAUGCGCUCUACGCCCUUGUACAUCGUUUGGAAACUUCCAUUGGCUCAAAAUGCAGCAGCUAGAUGGGUCUCUGGGAUGUCCCAGGGAGACCUUAUUAUGACUGUUUUAAAGCAAUUGCAUUGGCUACUAAUGGGUUUCUCGGCCAAAUACAAAGUGUUGUUGAUUACCAUUAAAGCUGUAAACAGUGUAUUGUCAGGUUACCCAGGAGAGCACCUACUUCUGCAUGAUCCCCAUCACACAUCGAGAGAGGUCCGUCUCUAGAUGCUGCUGGCCCAUCUGGCGGUGACGGGAGUGAGCCUUCUCUGUUGUCACUCCUAGGUUGUGCAAUGUGCUCCCUGUAGACCAGGGCUGCUGAACUUCUGCUCUCUUGCAGAUGUUGUGCUACAGUUCCAUAAUCCCUAACCGUGGACCACCGUGGCUGGUGAUUAUUUUUAUUUUUUAAUUUAUUUUUACAUUUAUAUCCCGCUAUUCCAAGAGCGGCCAAGCCAAGAGCAAUGUACUACAUACUUGAGUUUCUCCUCACAACAACCCUGUGAAGUAGGUUAACUUCAUUAACUUUAAAUUAUGGGAGCUGUAGUCCAAAAACAGCUGUGGGGCUUACUUUGAGCAGGCCUACUAUAGACAUUUGUGGUUUAACAUCUUUGCCAUCCUUCAAAAGAUCCCUUAAGACACAUUUUUUCAGCCAGGCAGUUUGUUUUAUUUUGUGUUACUAGUUUUAUACAAGGGUUUUCUGUUUCAUGACAGAUUGUUACUUCAUCAGAUUACAACCAUUGUAGGUACAAACACAGCAUAAUUUAGCCUUCUAAUCACAACUGCCUUGUCUUCCCAUGGUUUCUUAUCUACAACGCCUGUGGAGACAUGCUUGUCUUAUACCUACAAUGGUUGUAAUCUGAUGAAGUAACAGUUUGUUAUGAAACAGAAAAUCCUUGUAUAAAACUAGUAACACAAGGUAAUAUUCGGAAAAUCUGUCAUUCUUCGAACUACAUGGUUGGAUUACAAAUAUCCCCUCCAUUCCUAAGGGACUGAGAAUGGGAAUGCAUUGCUGCACAACGAUGAGAAGUAUUCUCUUCAUCUUACUCAACUGGUAUUGAACCCUGCUUGUGGACUAUCUGGACUACAAGAUAAGAACUGUUUUGAUCACACCUAAGUGUUAAAAUGGACCAUAUAUGUUGUGGAAGAUUAUUUGUUACAUUUGCAUGUACUUUUUUACAUUAAGUUGGUGUGUUAUUUUUCCUCAGAUAUGUCUACCAUAUAAAAUUGGGGUUGAUUGAUUGA